AUGCCCAGGCUCCAGUCACUUCCCCCGCCCCGAGACUUUCGAAAGAUUGUCUCCUGCAGUUCGGCAGUUGCUACCGCUGGCCGGGAAGGUGUAGAUUCCGCUUUCCUUCUGCGCACGCGCGGCUCCCGGCACAAAAUUCUCUUGAAUCGAACUUAUUUGCAUACGGGCGCGCGCACGUCGCGGGCUGGGAAGGGGAGAAGGCCCGGCGACCGCGCGCGCUCCCGAGGCCUCUAUUGUCCUUUUAAGGGGAGAAGCUCCGCGGCGCGGGAAACGCCGCGGCCAGAGGGAAACGGGGGCGGGGACUGCUUACUACGGCGGACGUCACAUAAACAAACGCCCCCCUCCCCGCACCGCACCCCGGCUGGAGGCCGUGGCGGAGAGGGAGUGGCGAAAUGGCCCUACCCAGGGCCAAUAGCUCAUGUAUGGGCUACUUUUAAAUACUACUACCUAAAUUGCCCAAGUGAAUUUUUCAACCUGAUACAUGAAAGAAAAGAACCUGUGCUCCCCGCUCUGUGGCUCCACCCGCCAUUGUGGAGUUUGAAGUACUGCCUUGUAAUUCUUAAUCAGCCUUUGGACAACUAUAUUCGUCAUCUUUGGAACAAAGCUCUUUUAAGAGCCUGUGCUGAUGGAGGUGCCAACCGCUUAUAUGAUAUCACUGAAGGAGAGAGAGAAAGCUUUUUGCCUGAAUUCAUCAGUGGAGACUUUGAUUCUAUUAGGCCUGAAGUCAGAGAAUACUACGCUACUAAGGGAUGUGAGCUUAUUUCAACUCCUGAUCAAGACCACACUGAUUUUACUAAGUGCCUUAAAAUGCUUCAAAAGAAGAUAGAAGAAAAUGACUUAAAGGUUGAUGUGAUCGUGACACUGGGAGGCCUUGCUGGGUGUUUUGACCAGAUUAUGGCAUCUGUGAAUACCCUGUUCCAAGCAACUCACAUCACUCCUUUUCCAAUUAUAAUAAUCCAAGAGGAAUCUCUGAUCUACCUGCUCCAACCAGUGAUGGAUUAUGUUUAUAGAUUUCCGUAUGUUGAACCAGCCUUC